AUGGCCGCCGGACAGCCGUCGCUCGCCGUAGUCGGCGACCGGGGCUCCUCCUCUUCCUCUCAGCCUCCUCCGCCGCCGCCGCCCAAGAUCCUCCUCGCGAAGCCGCCGCUUCCGCCCCCGUCGUCCUCCGGCGCCGACGAGGAGGGCGGCGGCCGCGCGCGCCAGGCGCCGCAGCCUGGCUCUCUCAGCCUCGUCUCCGACGCGUGGGAGGUCCACACCGAAAAAAUCCUCCCGUAUUUGACAGAGAACAACGAUUUCGUGGUAAUUGGGAUAAUUGGUCCACCUGGUGUGGGAAAGUCAACAAUUAUGAAUGCACUUUAUGGAUAUGAUGGAAACUCACCUGGAAUGCAUCCUCCUUUUGCAAUGCAAAAUGAGGAAAUGAAAGCAAUGGCAAAGCACUGUACGGCAGGUGUUGACUUCAGGAUAUCUCAUGAACGUGUUAUACUACUUGACACUCAGCCAGUAUACAGUCCAUCCAUCCUAAUUGAUAUGAUGAGGCCUGAUGGUUCAUCCACACUUCCUGUUCUUAAUGGUGAUCCACUACCGGCAGACCUGGCCCAUGAGCUAAUGGGGAUCCAGCUUGGUGUAUUCUUGGCAUCUGUUUGUAAUAUUUUGUUGGUCGUGUCAGAAGGGAUCAAUGAUUUUGCCAUGUGGGAGCUCAUGCUUACGGUUGAUUUGCUGAAGAAUAACAUACCUGACCCAUCAUUAUUGACCUCAUCUUCUUCGCCAGAUAAGGAAAAUAAAAAUGAUAACCAAUCAGUCAGUGAAGAUUACAUGGCUGAUCUCUGUUUUGUGCAUGCUAGAUUGCGGGAACAUGACUUUUCUCCUUCAAAGCUCAUGCUUCUAAGGAAGACUCUUGAGAAACACUUCGAGUCAUCCACAUUUAACAUUGGUAGCUCUAGUGCGACACCUGAAGUCACUGAUUGCUCAGUUCCUUUAAGCACGAAAGUUGAAGAUUUGAGCUCCAGCCAGCAGGAUGUAUUUCUUCUUCCAUUGCGAUCACAUGACAACUCAACGAAUUUUGAGUAUGGAACAUACUCAUCCAUGUUAGGGAUGCUUCGUGACCAGGUGCUGUCAAGAACUUAUAGGCCAUUCUUGAAGAAUCUGACAGAGCGCGAUUGGCUGAGAAGCUCGGCAAAGAUUUGGGACAUGGUGAGGAGAUCUCCCGUCAUCUCCGAUUACUGCAAGGCGCUUCAGAGCUCGGGCUUGUUCAGAAAGUAGCCUUAUCUGCUUGUAUGUCCUUGAAACACAAUGAUUCGGCGUUGGAUCAUAUUUGUUAUAUCCAUGAUGAUGUAUGGGACCCUUCGCGUUUUUUCUUUCUUUCUAGUUUGUGCAUCCCAAACGCGAUAGAUUCUGGGAGCAGAAAUUUUGAAAGUUGAUGCUGUCCCUUUUAGUUUGGAUGCAAGGAUGUGUUGUAAGCUAGGAGUCAGCGACGUGACCUAUGUAUCUAUGAAAUUGAAAGUUGAAGUUCAAAGCUGAUAGUGGCAGCCGAGGCCUGCAAAGUAAUUAUGCUGAAUUAAAGAACUUA